CUGGCGGGCUUUACGCCGCCAUCUUGAAUUUCAAACCGCCGCUGGUCCCGCCUCCUGCCGCUCACCUGAGCACCUGGCAUACCUGCCCGCACAGGUAUCGCUGUGCUGGAGAGCAGCGGGUCAGGAGCGACUGUAUGUGGGGCGACUUUUAGUCAGACAUGGCGGAGUCUCAGCUUCUGUGUAUGGACGAUGAGCACGUCAACGAGAAGGUCCCGGAGUCCCGGCCGGAGUUCUACUACAGCGAGGAGCAGCGGGCCGCCCUGGAGCAGCUGCUGAGGAACGGGGACGGCGCCUUCAAGAUGCGGCUGAAGGAGGACAACAUCAAGGACUUCCUCUCCGCCCGGGAGGUGAGGUUCAUCCGGAAAACCUUUCAGGAGUACGACACGGACAGCGACCCGGAGUCCGGAGAGACCGAGAAGUCCAAGGGGUCGUCCAGCGCCGACUCCGGGGUCCACUCCACCUACUGGCCCCAGAUGUCCGACACCGAGGUCCCGUCUCUGGACAUCGGCUGGCCGGGCAGCAGCGGCGUGUACAAGGGGGUGACCCGGGUGUCGGUGUACACACAUCCACCCAAAGAGUCCGGGCCGCACAUCAAGGAGGUGGUGCGGAGGCUCAUCCAGGAGGCCCACAAGGUGGUGGCCAUAGCCAUGGACCUCCUGACAGACCUGCAGAUCCUCCAGGACCUGCUGGAUGCCUCGUCACGGCGCGGGGUGGCUGUCUACGCUGUGCUGGAGGCCAGGGGAGUGCCCCACUUCCUGGAUAUGUGCGCUCGGCUGCAGAUUAAUGCGAUGCAUCUACGGAAUCUCCGUGUACGGACGGUGAAAGGCUCAGGCCUGGCCCUGUCGUUUGGAAAGCUGCCCGGGUCCCUGUGCUCCAAAUACAUGCUGGUGGACGGAGAGAAAGUCAUGUUCGGGUCGUACAGCUUCACCUGGACGUCCUCUCGGAUGGACAGGAACAUGAUCACGGUGAUGUCGGGACAGACCGUGGACUCCUUCGAUACUGACUUCAGAGAGCUGUACGCCCUGUCUGAGCAGGUGGACCUCUACAAGGAGUUCAACAUCAUCAAGCCGCCUCUACCUACGCCCAUCACCAAGCCAAAGGUGGAGCCAAUCCGGCCUCUGCCCGUCUCCAUGUCUCGCUUUCAAGUGUCCGUCAAUGACUCCAGGCAGGUCAACCUGAAGGUGCCUGCGCACAAGUACCACAAUCCUAAGUACUCCUUAGUCUUUGGGAACAGUCGGGGCCUCACAGGUUCUCUGCAGGACCUGUCGAGUGACACGAACUCGAUGGUCGAUGAUCCGAUUCAGAGGAACGGGCUGCACAACAACAUUCACGCCAUCAGGAACAGCAAGGAAAAGUUAGACCGAGACUCCCCACAGAGUCCCGGCUCACCCGCAGAGGAGGAGGGAGGCCUGAAGAAGAACUCGGCCGCCGGACUGAAGAAACGCAGCUCCUUCAGGCACUUCCUGAAAGGGAGAGCCAAUCAGAGCACAGACACUAUAGAGGAAGGCGUGGCCACUACUCAGAGCCCCUCCCCUCCUCGUAAAGUGGCGGAGACUAACGGUGUGGCAGGACACGAGCUGGAGGACUCGUUUGAGAUCCUCGAUAAACCAGGACCACUGAAAACCAAAACCAAGAAGCCCUCAAAGAUCAUUCAGAGGAGUUUGUCUCUGCAGACCAUCAACACGGGAGACGAGGACGGGUCCAAAAGUCGCCGGCGGCAUCAAAAGAAGAACUGCAUCCAGUCGUGAGAACAAAACGAAGAUGUCAUGACGUGAUGAUGUCACAGUGUCACAUGACUCUAACAGAUGACAUCACAUCUCUCUGGUCUGUGUGAAUCUCCUCGCUGUGCCUCGUGGGAGUGACCGCUGACGACACGUUUUAUUUUAACUAAUCAUGUGACGCCUCCAGAAAAUCUGAAUAAUGUAGCCAAAGUGCUGAUGGAGGCAGAUUUUAACGCCAUUAUUUCAUCCUUUUUCUAUGUUUUUGUAUUAAGUUAUUCUACAGUUAAGUGUUGUUUUUAUAUUUGACACUCGUAUGCUUGAACCUGAACACCACAGAGAAGUGACCCGGGCGGCGUGGGUGGAUUACAUCACACCUGUGAGAUGACCUGGUUCCCAUGGAGACAGGAAAAGUUAUCAGUUGUGCUGUUGUUCCUGAGUGUCGUCUUACAGACGACCCUUGGUAACAGAAGAAGUGUUCAUCGGAGUGCGUUGUGCAGGCUGUGAAUAAUGAACGCUGUGCCGCGGUGUCGACACAGUGUGAGCAGCUCGCAGCUCGCAGCUCGCCGGCUCGGUUUUUGUUUUUUGUUCAGGUGAAACUGGCUGAAAUUAAAAAUGUGAAUCCAUGAGAGACACUUGAGAUGUAAAUAAUCUAAAUUUUGUAGCAGAAACUGAAUAAAAGAAAUGAAAACAGCA